GACUCUGCAGCUUGGUAUAGAUAGAUGGAUGGACAAACGUGUUGUUGAUGUUGGACUAACUUCAUUCUACUGAUUUAUUUUCUGGGUAAAGAGACCCUGGUGAGAUAGUAAUCAAUUGAUUGAUUGAUUUAAUUGAUUAAAUAUAAAAUGUAGCAGGCUGCUCCAGCUGGACACAACAUUACAUAUAGUUAGCUGGUAGAGUAAAACAGAGAAAAACACUAUAUAAUUUGGGGUGUUGGAUCCCAUAUAAAGGGAACUCAUGUUUAUGUGGUUGGUCAUUAGAUUAUUUUUACUUUCUACUAUUUUGUAUUGUGUUGGAGUUUUUUCACUCAGGAGAUGAGGUGGAGGAAAACAGACAGACAGUGUUGGAGCUCAAAUGAAGGAAACUCAUGUGCUUAUAUAUGAUUUUUAUUUGGGCGGCACUUGGAUUUUUUGAGUUUGUUUUUAUUUUAUAUAUUUUGGGGGGUUUUCGACCCAGGAGAUGAGCUAACUCUCAAACAUAAUGUCUGGAAACGUCGAUGAAGAGGAGGCCAACGUCACCCACACAGGCCCAAAGGGAGUGAUCAAUGACUGGAGGAGGUUUAAGCUUGAGAGCAUGGACCAGGAGUCCCUGCCCCCCCAGAAGAGAGAGCUGCUCAGGCAGAUGUCCUCCCCACACAGGCCCAAAGACGACGGCAGGGGAAGCCUGAACCGCAAGAUGAGUGUACAGGAGUAUGAGCUGAUUAAGGAGGAUGACGAGAAGUGCAUGAAGAAGUACCGCAAGCAGUGCAUGCAGGAGAUGCACGAGCGCCUCAGCUUCGGUCCCAAGUUCGAGGGCGUGUACGAGCUGGAAAGCGGCGAGGCAUUUCUGGAGGUCAUUGAGAAGGAGCACCGGCUCACCGUGGUGGUGGUGCACAUCUACAAGGAGGGGAUCAAAGGUUGCGAUGCGCUCAACUCCUGCCUGGACUGCCUGGCCACUGAGUACACUAGCGUCAAGUUUUGCAGGAUCGACGCCGGGGUGACUGGUGCGGGGGAGCGCUUCACUGAUGACGUCCUGCCCACCAUGCUGGUGUAUAAGGCUGGCGAGCUGCUGGGGAACUUCCUGGCCACCAACCAGCACUUCAACGAGGAGUUCUUCGCCACCGACGUGGAGGCUUUCCUCAACGGCUACGGCCUGCUGCCGGAGAAAGAUUUAGUCGUUGGGGGAGAGGAGGAGGAGGCAGCCGUGGAUGUGGAGGCAGUGGAGUGAAGGGGUUGUGGAAGAGAGGUGUGUGGAGGAGGAGAUGGAGGACAGGGGUUUAUGGUGGGGU